AUGCUAGAGUUCUUCGACUACAUCGAUUUGAAGCGAAGUCGCUUUUCAGAAAAGGCAUUUUCUGUCAUGGAUCGAAAUGGUAGCGGUGAAGUGGACUUUAUUGAGUUUGUGCUGGCGGUGUGGAACUACUGUACGUUCAACCACGCUAGCCUCAUUCGAUUCGCUUUCGACUUGUACGACGUCGAUGGCAGCGGUGAGAUCGAGCAUGAUGAGGUUGUGAGGUGUGUCCGAGAGGUAUGGGGUAGCUCUUGGGAAACCAGUCCAAACGCUCACAAAAUCGUGGAGAAGCUCGAUGCAAUCAUGGAAAAUACGGCAAAUAAUCGUCUCUCUGCGAAUCUCUUUCAAGAGUUCGCUGUACGACACCCGAUGCUAUUGUUUCCUGCGUUUGAGCUUCAGAUGGAGAUUCAGCGGAAAGUGUUAGGAAAACGUUUCUGGUCUCGUGCGGCCGAGAAGCGCGGGUCGAUCAACGUAGCAGCGCUGAACUGGGAUCACGUUAAAGAAAGGUUCAGGCUUCCGACCGUUUGCUCAUCGAUCAAGACGCACGCUAGUCUCCAACACAAACAGCAAGGAUGA